GUUUAAACUUAACACAAAGCAUGUGGUUAAUUGAAAUACAGACAGCAAUUCGAAUAAAUACAUAAAAUAAUACGUCUCGAUACGCUUAAGCUUAGACUAUGGUUUUAAAAGUAUCAGCAUUGGUUCGGAAUCAGAGCUAAAUAAGUUUUAUAAUUAUUCGUAUUGAAACUAGGCAUAAAUUAUCAGUUUAUAGAAAUAAUAACAUGGAUUCGUGUGUGGCUUAUAAUUGUACAUCUCCAAUCAGUGGAACAUCACCAAUAGUAUUCACUCAACUGAUUCAGACACUUGUUGCGGCGCAAUGUAGUCUAGGAAGAGUAGACGAUUAUCCUCCGGAUCGAACAUCUGAGAUAGUGGAAAAUUCUGAAGAAUCAUUCGAUUUUAUAAUUGUCGGUGGUGGAUCAGCUGGUUCGGUUUUGGCUGCACGAUUAUCUGAGCAGCCUAAUUGGAAGGUGUUACUGAUAGAAGCCGGAAGUUAUCCUUCAGCAUCGAGUGAUGUGCCGGGUCUAUACACUGAAUUAUGGGGAAGUGAAGAAGAUUAUCGUUAUCAGCAUGAACCGCAGAGAGAUUUUUGCUUGGGAAUGAAGAAUAGACGUUGUCUAUGGUCGGGAGGAAAGGUAUUAGGUGGAGGUUCUACUAUCAAUGGUAUGAUAUAUAUUUAUGGAAAUAAAAAAGAUUUCGAUGAGUGGGAAGCAGAAGGGAAUGAAGGCUGGGGCUAUGAAGAUGUUCUUCCGUAUUUUAAGAAAUCCAAUAAUUAUCCACGUGAAACCAUCGAAAAAUAUGGUGACAAGUAUUUAGGAAGUGAUGGACCCUUAAGUGUACGAUUAUUCAAUUACUCAAGUUCGAUUUUCCAUGAAGUUGUUAUAAAAGCUGCUGAAGAAAGGGGCAUUCCAAAAGUAGAUAUUUUUAAUAUGGAUCGUUAUAUUGGAUUUGGAAAAACUCAUAUGACUGCAGAUAAAGGACGACGUGUUAGUGCAGCAAAAGCUUAUUUAUCUCCUAUCAGAAACAGAGAAAAUCUCUAUGUUAUGCCAUCUACGAGAGCUGAUAAAAUUUUAUUAAAUAACAACCGAGCUACAGGAGUGCGGGUGACUCUAAUCAAUGGUAGAACUUUAGAACUAAAGGCUUCAAAAGAAGUUAUUUUAUCUGCCGGAGCUAUGGGAUCUCCGAAGUUGUUAAUGUUAUCCGGAAUUGGGCCUAAAGAACAUUUGGAAGAAUUUGAGAUUGAAUGUUUGGCUGAUUUACCGGUUGGAAAAUAUCUUAAGGAUCAUGUUGUUUGGCAUGGUAUUUUUUUGGAAUUUGUAAAUCAAUCACAUGCAAGAAAAAAUUCCUUCGAUUCACAGGAUGACGCUUACCAGUAUUUAACUCGCAACGAAGGUGCAUUGACUGGUUUUGGUGAAUUAGAUUUCUCCGGUUUUGUUAAUGUUGAGGAUCCUACUUCAAUUUAUCCAGACAUACAAUUUUUACAUUCGUACGUAGCACAAGAUGACAAUUCUUCGUUGGCUCGUACGUUAGAUAGGUUUGGAUUAACACGAGAAAUACGAGAUAGCAUCGUCAACUCAACAAAGAAAAAUGAUAUUUUUGGUAUGUCUCCUUUUUUAUUAAGACCAAAGAGCAUAGGAGAAGUCAAAUUACGCAGCAAGUCACCCGCGGAACCAAUUAGAAUGUUCCAACGACAUCUCACCGACAAACGAGAUACAGAAACGUUGCUAAAAUCAGUAGAUUUUGUUAAAAGCCUUCUAGAUACCGAAGCUUUCCAAAAUUUUGGAGUAAAAAUACGGAACAUUACAAUACCCGGAUGUGAUAAAUUUGAAUUUGAUAGUUCUGGAUAUUGGGAAUGCUUUAUCAGGCAUACUGCUUUUUCCGGUUAUCAUUCGGUCGGAACCGUACGCAUGGGAACACUUGAUAAUCCCAAGACUGUUGUCGACUUUAAAUUGAAAGUUCUGGGAAUUGAUAAACUUCGAGUUAUAGAUGCUUCUAUUAUGCCAGAUGUUACCAGCGGUAAUAUCAACGCCCCGACAAUGAUGGUCGCAGAAAAAGGAGCCGAUCUUAUUAAAGCGUCUUGGCUUAAAUAAAAUAAUUAUUAUU